AUGUCAACAGCAGAGAGCAGCAACAAGGGAGGCGCAUUUGCCAAAGGCAACGUUGAGGAAACUGCGGCUAGCUACAGCGACAGGAAGGAGAAGGUGCAGGUCAAGAGCAAGAAGGCGAUUCACAAGGUGCAGCACGAGCAGAGGCGGCGCGAGCAGGCGAUCCUGGAUGCGGCGCGCGCCGAGGUUCUGAUGACGGAGGAGGCCGGCUAUCUCGAGGCCGAGGGUAUGGAGCGCACGUACCGGAUCAAGCAGCGCGACCUGAAGGAGCAUCUGGAUAUCAGCAGUGCUGACAAGAUUUUUGAUCUGGAUCUGCAGGAGUUCGGGCCGUACUCGAUGGACUAUACGCGGAACGGCAAGUUCUUGCUGCUGGGCGGGCGUAAGGGACACCUGGCUACUAUGGACUGGCGCAACGGCAACCUGACAUGCGAGUUCCAUGUCCGUGAGACGAUUCGGGAUGUCGCAUGGCUGCACAACGAGAGCCUGUUUGCUGUGGCACAGAAGAAGUACGCCUAUAUCUACGAUCACACUGGUGCUGAAGUGCAUUGUCUACAGAAGCACGUUGAGCCGACGGCGCUCGGCUUCCUGCCGUACCACUUCUUGCUGGCGUCGACGGGAAACACUGGCAAGGUGGUGUACCAGGAUGUCACUGAGGGCUCCGUUGCCGGUGAGCACCGGACAGGCUAUGGCGAGUGCCAUGUGCUGAAGGUGAAUCCGUACAACGCAGUGGUGAAUCUGGGCCACAGUAAUGGCAUUGUGUCGAUGUGGGCGCCCAAGCAAGCACAGCCCUUGGCCAAGAUUCUGUGCCACCAGGGCCCCGUGCAGGCGAUGGCAAUCGACCGGACAGGCACGUACAUGGCAACCAGCGGCCAGGACGGGCGGCUGAAGAUAUGGGAUAUCCGCAACUUCAAACAGCUGCACGAGUACAAGACCACACGUCCUGCCCACUCUCUGGACAUUAGUCAGCAGGGCCUGCUGGCUGCUGGAUACGGCGCUAACGUGACGAUCUGGAAGGAUGCGCUGGCCGACAAGGUCAAGAAGCCGUACAUGCAGAGGACAGUGGGUGGAACGUCGAUCAGCGACGUGAUGUUUGUUCCCUACGACGAUGUGCUCGGCUACGGCACUGACAAGGGUAUCUCGUCGAUUGUGAUCCCCGGGUCAGGAGAGCCCAACUUUGACGCCUAUGUUGCCAACCCAUUCCAGACCAAGAAGCAGCGGCAGGAGGCAGAGGUCAAGUCUCUGCUGGACAAGCUGGCGCCCGAUACCAUCCAGCUGGAUCCGAACUUCAUCGGCCGCUUGGAUCCGCGCACAGCCGUGCAGCGCCAGCGCGAAGCUGUGGCACGGCAGCAGCAAGAGUAUACCGAGAACAAGGCCUCAGGACAGUACCUUGACAACACUGUCCGGAACCGCACGCGUGGCCGUAACUCGACCGCCAAGCGCUACAAGCGCAAGCGCCAGAGCAACAUCAUGGAUCUCAAGAAGCUGCAGGAAAUGGAGCUGCUUGAGAAGCGUAUGCGCGACAAUGAAAACAAGAAGCGCAAGGUCCCUGAGGCAGAGAAGGGUGCGCUGAGCAAGUUUUAUGAACAGAAGCGUAAGAGCAACUAAAAGUCUUUUAAAUGCAUUUCAGUUUUUGCCUUCGGCCGUCUCGUCAAUGAACUGCUGGAUCGCUGCUGGCGGCCGCAUGCCGAUGAAGGCAGCAGUGGGCUCGCCAUCGCGGAAUGCCACAACCGUCGGCAGUGACGUGACCUUGUAGUCGUGCGCCAGAUCCAGAUUCUCAUCGACAUUGAUCUUAGCCAGGUUCACGCGCCCGUCGGUUUCCACGGCCUUGGUCAGGACUGGACUCAGCAUCUUGCAUGGCUGGCACCAGUUGGCGUAGAAAUCUACCAGGGUUGGUGUGUCGGACUCCAGCACAUCUUUUUCAAACGUUUCUUGUGUUGUCUCAAAUACCCGGCCACCCUUGGCGGCAAAAAUGGACCGGGUGGUAGAGAGGCUGCGGGUAAAGGCUGUGUACCGAGCGGUCUGGGCAAAAACUCUGAGCAUUCUGCAAAUGAGUGAUGGAAUGUGGUGUAGAGGAGCAGCG